AUGGCCGAAUAUCCUCUUUGGCAUCAUCGAGCCCAUCUCCCUGUACCCAGCCCGCUCACACCCCCCCCCCCCCCGACCCACACCGCUAACAAACUCCCCAGCAUCAGCGGCGCCGUCGCCCCCAUCGUCGACCUAAACUACUUCAUCUCUGGCCAAGCCUACCACCUCGCCGCCCCGGCUACCCAGCACCCCUCUACCGUAGCCCUAGCCUACCAGCUCGCCAACCUGUACGGGCUGCUCUUCCUCGUCGGCGUCGGGGUGCUACACUCUACCUCCGAGCCUAGGGUCGCCCGCAAUUACCUGAUCGCCUGCGCCAUCGCGGACGUUGGCCACCUCUACGCGACCUACGUGGCUAUGGGCUGGGAGGCCUAUAUGGAUGUGGGCGCAUGGAAUGCGCUCGCAUGGGGCAAUAUCGGGUUCACGGCGUUCCUACUUCUGAACCGGCUAGUAUAUUUCUCUGGUGCAUUUGGAGAGGCCAGGGUGGUUAAAGCGGGAGGGAAGAUGGAGUGA